AUGUCUUCCCAAGGGGAGCCUAUCGCCGUAAUCGGCUCUGCCUGUCGAUUCCCCGGAGGGGCGUCCUCACCCUCCAAGUUAUGGGAAUUGUUGCACCAUCCCAAUGAUGUAUUGAAGACUUUCCCAAAGAAUCGGUUGAACCUCGAUGCUUUUCACCAUAAUGAUGGAGAAUAUCACGGCAGGACAGACGUCUGCAACAAAGGCUACUUGCUUGACGACGACAUUCGGCAUUUCGAUACUCAAUUCUUCAACCUUAGCCCUGCCGAAGCAGAUUCAAUGGAUCCCCAACAACGACUGACAAUGGAGGUGGUAUAUGAAUCAGUAGAAGCCGCUGGGUACACACUUGAAGGAAUGCGAGGAUCUCCCACAUCUGUAUACUUAGGGGUCAUGACGGGAGACUGGCAUGAUAUACAGAUGAGAGAUCCAGAGUCUAUUAACCGUUACUUCGCUACUGGCACUUCAAAGGCCAUUCUUUCCAAUCGUGUCUCUUAUUUCUUUGACUUUCGCGGACCGUCAAUGACGCUUGAUACUGCCUGCUCAUCAUCCCUAGCGGCAGUUCAUCUGGCUGUGCAAUCUUUACGCAAUGGAGAAUCAAGAUUUUCCAUUGCCUGUGGUGUCAAUUUAAUACUCGAUGCUGGGAGUUACAUCACAGAGUCAAAACUGCACAUGCUUAGUCCCACUUCACGCAGCCGGAUGUGGGAUGCUGCGGCGGAUGGUUAUGCCCGCGGUGAGGGUGUUAGUGCUGUUGUCCUGAAAACUCUCAGCCAAGCUAUUGCUGAUGGGGAUCAUAUUGAAUGCAUUAUUCGUGAGACUGGCAUGAACAGUGAUGGUCGUACAACCGGUAUUACGAUGCCUAGCUCCGAGGCGCAGUCAGCGCUCAUCAAACGCACAUAUAAGAAAGCUGGUUUAGAUUCCCUUGUCGACCGGCCGCAAUAUUUCGAAUGUCACGGCACUGGUACAUUGGCUGGCGAUCCUGUUGAGGCUCGUGCAGUCAGGCAAUCGUUCUUUCCACAAGAAGCUUUGUCCGGGUCCGAAAAGCUCUACUGCGGUUCGAUCAAGACAAUUAUUGGUCAUACAGAGGGAUGUGCUGGCUUAGCCGGCUUACUUAAAGCCUCGCUCGCCGUGCAACAUGGCGUUAUUCCGCCUAAUCUUCUCUUUUCUAGAUUAAACCCGGCCAUAGAACCUUUCUAUGACACCUUACAAGUUCCAAUCGCCCCAAUUCCCUGGCCGAUUGUCUCUAACGGACCACGACGCACCAGUGUGAACAGCUUCGGUUUCGGGGGGACUAAUGUUCAUGCCAUUGUUGAGAACUAUAUACCCAGAUCUAAGCUGAUCCCUCAACCCACGCCUUCCAGCAAUGAUGCUCUUCUUGACAAGUUUGUCGGUCCUCUGACGCUCUCCGCAGAAAAUGAGGCCUCGCUCUGCUCUAACAUUAAGAAUAUCACCACAUAUAUCCGUGAAAAUCCAUCAGUUAACCUAAAUGAUCUUGCUUUCGUCACGCAGACCCGUCGUACCACGUUCACAACUCGUGCUUCCUUCUCGGCCAAGACCCGAGAAGAACUCUUGGAAGCUCUGAAUUCAGCGAUCGAGACGUCCAAAAAGGGAGGCGAAACCGGCGUGCGUGUUCAAUCUUCUCUUGAAUCUCCAGCGAUUCUCGGCGUCUUCACUGGUCAGGGUGCCCAAUGGGCGGCGAUGGGUCGUUCGAUGGUCAAGCAUUCUCACGUUUAUCGAACGUCAAUUGAACAAUGUGAAGAUGCUUUACGCGACAUUCCUAAUGGUCCUGAGUGGUCCCUUUUGAAGGAACUGGUUGCUCCGGAGAGCGAGUCUCGUAUCAACGAAGCCAUGAUCUCUCAGCCUCUGUGUACUGCGACUCAAAUUGCGAUUGUUGACGUUCUCCGCCACGCUAACAUUCGUUUCAACGCUGUUGUCGGCCACUCGUCUGGUGAAAUUGGAGCAGCCUAUGCUGCCGGUGUACUCUCCCUUACGGACGCUAUGCGUGUUGCCUAUUAUCGUGGGCUAUACGCUAGAUUGGCUUCCGGUGGGGAAGGGGGACAAGGCUCCAUGAUGGCAGUAGGACUCGGGCAUGAAGAAACUAUGGAUUUUUGUCGGAAAUUCGAUGGUCGCAUUCGACUUGCCGCGAGUAAUUCACCAACCAGUAGCACCAUAUCAGGUGACGAGGAUGCUAUCCUUGAGGCCAAGGCACUAUUGGACGAACAGAACAUAUUUGCCCGUCUUCUCAAAGUCGACACUGCCUAUCAUUCUCACCACAUGCUAAAAUGUGCUGAGCCUUAUCUCAAUUCGUUGAAGUCCGUAAAUAUUCAAGCAAACCGGCCAUCGGAUGGGUGCCAGUGGAUCUCGUCUGUGUACGGCAACAUCGAAUUUGAAUACGAUGAUGAAGAUCUGGAGCAGCUCCAAGGGCAGUACUGGGUUGAUAACAUGGUCAAGCCGGUACUCUUCUCAGAGGCGAUUGAAUGUUCUCUUUGGAAAGCAGGCCCGUUCAACCUGGCUUUGGAGAUUGGUCCCCAUCCCGCCCUCAGAGGUCCAGCGACUCAAACGAUGAAGACGACACUAGGUAGCGUAGUGCCUUAUUCUACCUUACUUGAACGCGGACACGAUGACGUUGAGACGUUCUCCGACGGUGUUGGAUAUGCUUGGACUUACCUGACAAACCUCAUUGAUUUUGCUGGCUAUCGCACUGCUUUCGAAGGCCCGGAUGCUCUGCGGCCCCAGAUGUUGAAGAACCUUCCAUCUUACGCCUGGAACCAUUCCAAAAUACAUUGGACGGAAUCCAGACCAUCUAGACGUUAUCGUCUUGCAGAAAAACCUCCACAUGAGAUUCUUGGCCGACGUGUGGGAGACGAUUCUGAUACUGAGAUGCGUUGGCGUAACUUUUUAAAGCCAAAUGAGAUUUCCUGGGUCCGAGGUCAUGUUUUCCAAGGCCAAAUUCUUUUCCCCACCACGGGUUAUAUGGCCAUGGCUAUUCAGGCUGGCAUGGAAGUGGCAGGAUCCCGUCCUGUAAAACUGGUGGAAAUCCGCGACUUGGUGAUUCCUCGUGCAUGUACUCUCGAAGAAGGCAAGCUUGGCGUUGAGUUUGUUUUCUCACUCAAGCGUAUGAAUUCUGAAGAAGACGAAGAUAAUUUCGUCGGAGAGUUCACCUGCUUUUCUUGCUCCAAUCAGACAGUUGACUCCCUGGAGAAGAAUUGUUAUGGUACUAUCUCUAUCGAGUUCGGCGAGGCUACAGAGGACACACUUCCAUCUCGGGACCAGGUCGAUGGUGACAUGAUGUCGGUUGAUGUCAAUGAAUAUUACUCUUCGCUCACGAAAAUAGGUUUAGAUUAUCAGGGUCUCUUCCGUGGUAUCAAAACCUUUGACCGGAGGAUGGGAUAUGCCAGGGCUACGGCAUCUUGGUCCAUGAACGACGUCGGCGAUCAAUAUGUCAUUCAUCCAGGACCUCUUGAUGUUGCAUUCCAUUCUAUUAUCGGAGCCUUCUGCAAUCCGCAGAGUAGCUCACUUUGGGCGCCGUAUCUCCCCGUCAAGGUUGAUCGCCUUGCGCUGAUUCCGAACGUCAAGUAUGAGGGGGAACCGGGACAGAUCAAUUUUGAGGUGGACGCUUUUAUCACCAAAAUCACUUCAAACUCCUUUGAGGGUGAUGUUCAUAUUAUCAGCCAGGACGGCCGUACUGGUGUUCAGGCAGAGGGCCUUACUCUCAAGCUCUUCACCGAAGCUCAUGCAAGCGACGACCGUCCCAUGUUUUCGAAGACGGUCUGGAAAGUGGACAAGUUUAGUUCCUCUAAUGACUUCGACGAGAUCAUACCCGACGGCGAGGAACUUGCCCUUGCUGAAAUUAUAGAUCGCACAUCGUUUUUCUGGCUAAGGAAGAUUUUCGAUCCGCUUACUGAGAAUGAUAUAACCGGCUGGAAGCCAUUCCAUCAAUCAUUCUUCCAUGCAGCCAAGAUCGUUCUUCGAGAAACUCGAGAAAACAAACACCCGACAACGAACGUCGAGUGGCUCAAUGACUCGGAAGACACCAUCAUGGACUGGAAAAGAAUGUAUGCCAACCAAGCUGAUCUCAAGCUGAUACACGCAGUCGGGGAGAACCUUGUUGGCGUGAUGACAUCCGAUGUUCAACUACUAGAGGUUAUGCUGGUCGAUGACAUGCUGAGCAACCUGUACACCCACGGUCGCGCCCUGCAGCCGCUCAACAGACUUGUUGCAGAAUUGAUGGAAGAUCUCACAUUCAAAUUUCCGCGACUUGACAUUCUGGAAGUUGGUGCUGGCACUGGUGGUACGACUAACUCGGUGCUCAACAAAAUUGGCAACGCUUACAACCGGUACACCUACACCGAUGUUUCAGCAGGCUUCUUCGACAUUGCCAAGAAUCGUUUUUCACAUGCCAGACGUCUUGACUACAAAGUACUCGAUAUUGAACGUGACCCGACUGAACAAGGUUUCCUCGAGGGCAGCCAAGAUGUCAUUCUUGCUUCCAACGUGUUACAUGCCACUCGUACCCUGAAAGAAACUAUGAAGAAUGUUCGCAAGCUCCUCAAGCCGGGUGGUUAUCUCAUGAUGGUAGAAGUCACCGGUGAAUAUCUACAACUCAUGCUUCUCAUGGGUGGACUUCCAGGUUGGUGGCUUGGUGUUGAUGAAGGACGUACUCGUGGUCCAGGCAUUACUCUGACGGAAUGGGACACACUUCUUUGUGACACGGGUUUCAGCGGCGCGGAAAAAUAUGUCUCUGACCUUCCAGAUAAAUACAAGCAUGCCUGUUCUCUGAUUGUGAGCCAGGCUGUUGACGACGAUAUUCGUAUGCUCCAGGAUCCGUUGGCUUUUGUGGAUGAGCUUCCUUUGGAAGAGCGUCUCGUACUUGUCGGCGGCAAGAAUCUGAAGCUAUCUCGCACUGUCAAAGGCCUUGAAAAGAUUGCUUCUCGGUUCACUACUCAUGUGCUUGUUGCAGACAGCAUUGACUCUCUGGCUGAUAUCCAUUUGGUUGAGAACACAUCAUAUAUUGUGUUGUCAGAUUUGGAGAAGCCUCUUUUCUCAGAGCCGGUCACUGAAUCGCGUUUAAAAAAUCUGCAACGCCUAUUUUCAACGGCCACCAACGUCCUCUGGGUCACAUCUGGCAGGCUCGAAGAGAAUCCCUACGCAAAUAUGAGUGUCGGUCUAGGCCGUGCACUCAUCACGGAGUUGCCAAAUUUGAACUUGCAGUAUCUGGACAUCACUAAUUCUGAGUACGAUUCUCGCUUUAUUGCCGAGAUGUUCCUCAAGCUCAAGAUACAUAAGACAUCCUCGUUGAGUUCGAAUCACAUGUUAUGGUGCAACGAGCCGGAGAUUGUUCUUCGGAAUGGUUUGUUGGAGGUUCCUCGUGUUAUUCUGGAUGAAGAGCGGAAUGACCGCCUCAACUCGCUGCGUCGAACCAUCACUAAAGAUGUCUUCCUUGACGAAUCGCCAGUAACUGUCAGUUCGCACCAUGGUUCACUUGUCCUUGAGCAGACUGCCCCAUGGUUCAAGCCUUUACCGGCUGAGAGUGCUAACAAAGUCACCAUGACUGUUGAUUAUUCCGUUUCUCUGCCUUACUCGGGUAGCUCGCGCACCGUUCUAAGUUCGGGCAAAAUUGACAGGUCUGGUGAUUGGACUUUCUGUCUCUCUAACAAUCACAUUUCGGAGAUGUCCGUUCGCAAAGACCAAUUGCUAGUUAUAGAAGGGGCUCAAGUUGACCCAGAACUGCUCAGGACAACUGCUACUUGUAUCACUGCUAAUGCUCUUUUGGCCACUAUCUCAAACACUGUUUUACCUGAUAGCAGCGUGAUUAUCUUUGGGGCCAGCUCAGAGCUCUUACAGGCUCUAACACAGCUUUCUACUGGAUACAAAUUUGUUUUCGUCACAACUAGCAAAGAACAGUCGACGUUGUUCACUUAUAUCCAUCCUCAAGCAUCUGCACGGGCAAUUCGACAAGCACUGCCCAAGAAUGUCGGCUACGCCUUCGAUCUCGCAAGUGAGGGUGCAGAGAAGACACGAGCACUUUUGUCUGAGUUGUAUCCUUUCAUGAAGUUGGAGGCAACAAACUUUGCUAGCAAUACUGUCAGAGAGAUUCUUGACAAUGCUCUUUUUGCUGCUCGAUCUCUCUCAGCGACCCGGUCAAUGGGCUCGGUAUUGUCAUUUGAAAAAUUGUUAUCCAUACCUACAUCAUCGAUUUCAUAUCCUCAUGUUGUGGACUGGACUCAACGUGGAGUGGUCAAGGUCAAUGUGAAGCCUAUAAACGGUGACGGUCUCUUCUCCGCGGAGAAGACCUACCUGAUGGUUGGUCUUGUCUCCGAUCUUGGUCGCUCUAUUGUCCGUUGGAUGGUUGAUAAUGGAGCCAAAUAUGUGGUUCUCACCAGUCGAAGUGCAAGAGUUGACGAGCAAUGGCUUAGAGAGCUUGAGGUAUCCGGUGCUGUUGUGAAAGUUUACAAAAUGGAUGUAUCCAAGCGGGACUCUGUGCAAUCCGUUGUUGACGUUGUCAGGAAGGAAAUGCCACCCAUCGCAGGUGUCUGUAAUGGAGCUUUGGUUCUACAUGAUCAACUUUUUGUCGAGAUGAAGCCGGAAGCAUUGAAUGAAGUCUUUGCACCCAAGGUUGCUGGCACGCUUCACCUGCACGAAAUCUUCUCAGAGAGAGACCUUGAUUUCUUUAUAUCCUUCUCAUCGAUGAGCUCGGUUGUUGGAAACGCUGGCCAGUCUAAUUACAAUGCCGCGUCCCUUUUCCAGGCUGCUCUCAUGAAUUCUCGUCGCGCUCAGGGUCUGGCUGGUUCAGUUAUGUCUCUGGGCAUGGUUGCCGAUGUCGGUUAUAUUGCCCGGCGCGGAGCAUCACUUAUGGAGAGACUCAAGAAAGUUUUCUAUAUGCCUAUUUCCGAGACUGAUGCACAUUUGAUCUUUGCCGAGGCCGUCGCAGCUAGCAACCCGAAUAACGUCGAGGGAACCAUUGAAAUGGCAUCGGGUAUUCAGCCCUUCACAUACACUGCUUCCACCAAGAAUCGUCCGCCGUGGUCUGCGAAUCCCAGGUUCUCUCACUUUGUGCGACAGGAGGAUGAAUCAAAAGAGACACGUAGCGAUGAAUUCAGCAACGUUCCAGUCCGAGAACAGAUGGAUGCCGCCAGUUCUGAAGAAGAAGCUGCUGUUGCUCUACUGUCAGCGUUUUCAAACAAGCUGGAGACCCUGCUUCAGAUAAGCCCCGGAAGUCUCAAUGUUGACGCACCACUACUAGACGUUGGCAUUGAUUCUUUGUUGGCAGUUGAAAUUCGUACGUGGUUUUUGAAACAGGUUCAUGUAGAUGUUCCUGUGCUUAAGGUAUUGAGCGGAGAUAAUGCCAGGAAAAUCUGCGCCGACGCCACAAAUAAAUAUUUGACCACGAAGAUGACCGAACGCGUUUCUGAACCUGCGAGCAACGAAUCCGACUCAAUACCGGAAUCUCAAAAAGAGUCCGACUCCUCCAGUGUCGGUGAUGAGCCUGGAACCUCUACUACCGCAACGAGUGUGGACUUUGAUACAACCUCUGAAACGAACGUACUGAAAAAGCCAGAAAUAGAAAGGACUGAAAAAUUGUCUUUCGCCCAAUCAAGAUUAUGGUUCCAGAGUCGACUAUCUAAAGAUCUUACGUUGUUUAACAGCGUGUACACUUAUGAAAUUAAGAGCAAGAUACAUAUACCCAGACUAAAGCGGGCUGUCGCGGUGGUUGUUAAUCGUCACGAUGCCUUGAGGACAUGCUUCUAUCGGAGACCAUCCGACGGAGAGCCAGUACAAGGGCUUCUCAAGGAUAAAUCGGACGUCUUCGAGCACAUGUGGACUUCCGACGACCAGGCAUUGCAAUUCCAAGAAGAGGCUUUGAGGAAUCGUAGCUGGCGCCUCGCCGAAGGAGAUACUUUUAAGGUCGUCCUUAUUUCACGAUCCCAGGAGCAUCACUUUAUGAUCAUCGCCUAUCAUCAUAUUGUAAUGGACGGAGUUGGCUUGCACAUUUUCCUAAAAGAGCUCAACUCCAUCUAUGUGGGAAACGCACUGAAUGAAGCUCCUAAGCAAUAUAUGGAUCUCUCUGUGGAGGAGCGAAAAGCUAUUGGAAGAGGUGACCUUGACAAAAACAUCGAAUUCUGGUCGGAAAUGCUUACGCCUCCACCGCCGACUAUUCCACUGCUACCUUUAGCUCGAUUCAAAGCUAGACAAACAUCUAAUUCCUAUUCGAACAAUGAGUCGUUCAGAGACCUCGGGGCUGAUGUCACCCAACAAAUCAAGAAAACCAGCGCGAAUCUCAAUGUCACGCCGUUUCACUUCUACGUGGCGGGUAUCCAAGUCUUGUUGAAUCGCCUCUUAGGAGUGGAAGACUUCUCUAUUGGAAUCCUGGAUGCAAACCGUUCAUUCGAUAAUUCUCGGACCAUCGGAUUCUUCCUCAACCUUAUUUCCCUCCGUGCCAAUGUCAAGGCUUCUGAGAAUUAUGCCGAUGUUGUCAAGCGUACCAGCCUACGGUAUUCUAAUGCUCAGAGAAACAAUAGUGUGCCAUUCGAUCUGAUUCUGGCGAGAUUGGGUAUCCGGCGCAAUAUAACCCACACGCCUCUGUUCCAAAUAGCCGUUAACUAUCGCCAAGGCAAUUUCUCCCAAAUACCACUGGGCAGCUCAUCGUUGGAGUUCAGAACGGCGCUUGACGCCAGGAGUCCAUAUGAUCUUGCGUUUCAUGUUACGCCGACUGAUGGUACAUGCUAUUUGCAGCUUGUUAGCAAUGCAAAUCUGUAUGAUAGACAGUCCACAGAUUCACUUUUGGAAAUGCUUUCGACGUUGCUUGUGAAUGCGAGUAGAGAUGCAGCUAUGCCGUUGUCUUCCUACUCAAUCUAUCCUCCACAAGAAGUCGAUCGAGCGGUCGCUCUGGGCAGGGGGCCUCGUCACGACUUUGGCUGGCCAAAAACUCUAACAGAAAAAUUUGAAGCUGUCUCCAAGAUGUUUGGAGAUAACAUCGCCGUGAAAGAUGCCCAUACCGCUUUGACUUACAGACAAUUGUUUCAGCUGGUAAACCAGCUUGCUAAGGCCAUUCUGGAAAAGAGUCCCCUCCCGAAUUCACCCGUGUCUGUCUUGGUAGAGCCCUCCAUCUUCUGGGUUGCUAGCAUGCUAGCCAUUUUGCGCAUUGGGCGCAUUUAUCUACCACUUGAUCCCACCUUACCUAAUGAGCGCCUUGCAGCAAUUGUCAAAACGAGCGCUGCUUCUACUCUUCUCUGCAGCCAGGAGACUCUAUCCCGCACUAAAUCAUUCACCGGAGUUGAUAUUGUCAAUAUUACCACCUUACCAGAGCCCUGUCAGAUUCCAAUCAAUGAACGCCCUGGUGAGCCAGCCUUUAUCUUGUUCACCAGUGGUUCAACUGGAACUCCCAAAGGGAUCGUGCUCUCUCAGGGGGGUUUUAUUAACUAUGCCGCUUCUAAAGGCAAGGAAUUGUCUCUCGGUUGCGAGGUGGUACUCCAACAGAGCGCUUUGGGAUUCGAUAUGGCUAUUGCGCAGGCCUGUAUCUCCGUCACCCAUGGAGGCACGUUAGUCAUUGCUCCACAAGACGUUCGCGGUGAUCCAAUUGCCCUGGCCAAAUUAAUGUUUGACGAGGGGGUUUCUUUUACGUUAGGGACUCCGACCGAGUAUCUCAUGCUUCUUCGAUAUGGAUUCGAUGAUCUCCGUCGGCAGGAUGCCUGGAGGAUUGCUUGCAGCGGCGGCGAGACUGUCACUAGACAACUGAAGGCAGCAUUCCGUUCAUUGCAUAGAAUCCCCAUGUUGGUUGACUGUUAUGGUCCAACAGAAAUUUCCUGUUGUGCUACAAUGCGCAAGGUCAAUUUGAACGUCGACCAAGGAAGGAUAGAUGGUGGUGACGACGAAGACGUUGGCAAAGCAAACCCAAAUUUCCAGAUAUAUAUACUCGACGACGCUGGAAAACCUCUCCCCGCUGGCUUGCCCGGUGAGAUUGCAAUUGGAGGGAUCGGUGUGGCUCUUGGAUACCUGGAUGAGGAGCUUUCACAGAAAAAAUUUAUCCCAAACACGUUUUCCUGUACCGAAGAUAAUGCCCACGAUUUGACUACUAUAUACAGGACUGGGGAUAGAGGUUCUCUGAAGUCUGAUGGGUCUCUUGUAUUCAUGGGCCGGAUGGAUACCGAUACAAUGGUCAAAUUACCUGGUGGCCUCCGCGUUGACCUGGAUGAGGUGGCAAGCACCAUAAUCUAUGAAUCUCGCGGCUCUAUAAGUGAUGCUGUUGUAACGGUUCGCGGCAAUCCUGCAUUCCUCGUCGCCCAUGUCGUGUUAUCUACCAAGUACCCAAUGAAGGAGGAAGCGCUGCAAAGACUUGCUAACGCACUACCCCUAGCCAGAUACAUGAGACCUAAGCUGAUCAUACCCCUUGAUCGAUUACCAAUGACCUCCAAUGGAAAGAUAGAUCGCAAGCACGUUAGCUGUCUCAGCUUGCCAUCAAUGACAGUCCCGUCCGAUUCGUCGCAAAAGGUUCUCAGCCUCACUGAGGGUGAAUUGCGUAUUCUCUGGGAUAGUGUCUUACCGCGGCUCAUAGUUGGCGCGAAAAUCACUCCUGACUCCGACUUUUUUGCGGUUGGUGGGACGUCUCUUUCUCUUGUCAAGCUACAGGCUUCGGUUCGCUCAAAUAUGGGGAUCACAAUACCGCUCGUUGACCUAUAUCAUAACAGCACGUUGGGAGACAUGGCUGAAUUGAUUUCUGACCAGAAAAAAGCUCAACACAUCCACAAGGUCAUUGACUGGGAUGCAGAAACAUCAUUGCCAUUGAGCUUUGAUAUGGCUGCCAACCAGUAUGCUGUUAAUGCAAAGUCGAAUAAGGAUCUGGAAGUUCUUCUCACUGGCUCCACGAGUUUCCUUGGCAGUCAUAUCCUCCAGUCGCUUGUUAAGAACCAUGCCAUACGAAAAGUGCAUUGUAUUGGUGUUUCCCCUGACCUUGAAGAGUCUCAUAUUCAAUCUGACCGCGUCGCUGUCUACACAGGCAGCCUGAGUGAGCCUCGCCUUGGUCUCAGCAGCGAUAUCUAUGCUCAUCUCCAAGGCAGAGUUGACCGCAUUAUUCUUGCAGGUAGCCAGGGUCAUUGUCUGAACAGUUACUUCUCUCUGCGCAGGCCAAACGUUCAUUCGACCCGUCAAAUGGGUCUCUUCGCCCUGCCACGCAGAAUUCCUAUCCAUUUCAUUUCGUCUAGUCGGGUGACGUUGCUUAAUCCUGAAGCCAAGGCAGCCCUACCACCGGUCAGUGUCGCUCAAUAUAAGCCUAGCAAUGACGGUGGCGAAGGCUUUACAUCUGCGAAGUGGGCCAGUGAGAUUUUCCUUGAAAAACUGGCGUCUGCUACAUCCGAGAACGUUCAACUAUCUGUAACAAUCCAUCGGCCAUGUGCCGUUGUUGGUGCUGAGGCGCCUCUUGAAGAUGCUCUCAACGCUUUGCUACGCUUCUCACAAGUCAUUCGUGCGGUGCCGGAUAUGUCCACGAUCAAUGUCGACGGCUACUUUGACUUCCAAAGCGUCGAUAAAGUGGCUGAUGAAAUAGCCGCUACUGUCAUUGAUGAUGAGGCUCAAGGCGUCACCUAUCGCCACUACUCAAGCGGCGAAAAGGUUCUUCCUAGCGGAUUUAAAGCCUACAUGGAGAAGUAUUACGGCGGAGCUUUCAAGGAAAUUCCUCUUGAGACGUGGAUACAGAACGCUCGCACUGCAGGGCUCGAAGAACUGAUCAUUGCGUACCUUCAAGCCAUAACUGAGAAGGGCGAGAAAAUGGUUUUCCCGUUCUUAGGAACGACUGGGUAG